AUGGUGUGGGGCCAAAUGGGCCUUGGGUUUCUAGGGGAUGAAAAUGUGGCUUUUGUUGACUCCACAGUGGAAACUCAGAGACUGCUCAGUCUCUCAGCAAACAAAACUUUAGACCUAGAGGGAUGGGCCAUCUUUGGCACCAAAUUCAUCCUCUGCUGUUAUGUCUUAGGAGUUGGACUUAAAUGGAAUAACAUCUUCUCAUCAACUACACUGGAUAACUUUUAUUUUGCCCAUGUGCUGGGAAUGUUUUUAUUUGAUGCUUUCUUGUAUAGCCUUGUGGCCUGGUACAUAGAAGCUGUCUUUCCAGGAAGCUACGGUGUGCCCAAGCCGUGGAACUUUUUCUUACAGCGCUCUUACUGGUUUGUGGAAUCACCUGAGAAAAAAACUGAAGUAAGUCAAUUUUAUGAGCAAAUACAAAGCAAGUAUUUUGAAGCUGAACCAACGGAUUUGAGAGCAGGUAUCCAGAUCAAACAUUUGUGCAAGGUAUUCCAAAUGCACAACACUACCAAAGUAGCUGUAAAUGACUUGUCUUUGAAUUUAUAUGAGGGGCAGAUCACUGUUCUUCUAGGACAUAAUGGGGCAGGAAAAUCCACCACUCUAUCCAUUCUCUCAGGUCUCUAUCCUCCCACAAGUGGAAAUGCCUAUAUUAAUGGAUACAGUAUCUCAAAGCAGAUGGUCCAGAUUAGGAAAUCGCUGGGCUUGUGUCCCCAGCAGAACCUGUUGUUUAAUUACUUGACGGUAUCAGAACACCUUCAUUUCUAUUCUGUGAUAAAAGGAGUACAUGGAAAGAUGACGCCUACUGAAAUUGACCGCAUGCUGGCUACUUUUAACCUGCUAGAAAAGCGUAACAAAUUGUCAAAGUCACUGAGUGGAGGAAUGAAGCGCAAACUCUCCAUCAUUAUAGCACUUAUAGGGGGCUCCAAGGUAGUGAUACUUGAUGAGCCAACGUCUGGCAUGGACCCAGUCUCAAGGAGGGUCACCUGGGAUCUCCUGCAGCAUUUUAAACUUGAUCGUACCAUCCUACUGACCACCCACUACAUGGAUGAAGCUGAUGUUCUGGGUGACCGCAUAGCCAUCAUGGUCAAGGGAUCCGUGCGGUGCUGUGGCUCUUCAAUUUUCCUGAAAAAGAUAUAUGGUGUGGGAUACCGCAUUGUCAUGGUGAAGACACCUGACUGUAAUGUUGAAGAAGUCUCAAAAUUAAUUCAUUAUUAUAUACCAACAGCCACUUUGGAGAAUGAUGUUGGAACUGAGUUAUCUUUUAUUCUGCCCAAAAAUUAUGCACACAGUUUUGAAGCUCUGUUUACUGCUCUGGAACAAGAACAAGAAAACCUGGGCAUUUCUAGCGUUGGUGCCUCUGUCACUACCAUGGAAGAAGUCUUCCUCAAGGUCGGUUACACGGAAGAGUCACAAACAGAUAUCGAAGCUAUGAAGUCUUCCUCCCAAAUGGGCCAAGCCUCCAACAGGAACCAGAAUAAGAACAUGUCAAGAAAUGUUGAGGGAGCAGAUCCUCCCACCCUGAAUGAAAGCCCUACUAUUAACUUUAAUACUGGGGUAAGCACCUUUACCAAGAAACCUGGUGUAGAUAUGGUUGGAGUGCAAGAGUGUUCUCUCUACAGCCAGCAGUUCUGUGCCAUGUUCGUAAAGAGGGUGAUGUUCAACUGGCGCAACUGGAAACUGCUUUUGUUACAGAUACUGGGACUCAUAGGCUCCCUUGCCUUUCUCUUAAGUUCUAGUAAAAAUUCUUCACAGCAUGAAAUGAUUAGGCAAAUGGAGUUGAGUCAAUAUGGUCAAACCAUUGUGCCCUUUUCUAUUUCUGGGGCUUCUAAUUUGACUGCAGAUCUCUCAGAACGCCUUAAGAGUAUGCUCGAGUCUGACAACCAAAGACCUCAGGAAGUACAAGGUGACCUACUGAAGUACUUGAGGGAAACAAAAGAUUGUAUUCGUUUAUGUAUCAUUGCACUUUCUAUUGAGUCGGAGGCAAAUAUGGUAAUGCUUACUGCUCUGUUCAACAAUGAAGCAUAUCAUUCACCAUCUGUGGCCCUGGCAGUGUUAGACAACAUUCUUUUCAAGUCACUUUCUGGUGCCAAUGCUUCCUUAACAGUCUCCAACAAACCUCAGCCACUCCUUGAUAUUGAAGAAAAUGAAGAGCUUCAAAGUGGACAAAAAUUGGCCAUAAAUUUACAAUUUGGCAUGGCUCUUUUGAUCAAUGGUUUUUGUCUCCUGACGGUGACUGAGAGAACCACUAAGGCGAAGCACAUCCAGUUUGUGAGUGGUGUCUCUGUCAUUGUGUACUGGCUUUCUGCCCUAUUGUGUGAUUUCAUCAUCUUCUUUGCCUCCUGCUGCUUAGUAAUGGGAGUGAUAAAAUACCAAAAGCUAACCAACAUCUCAAACACCACCAGAACCGUCGUACGUAAUUCAUUGCUGCUCUUUCCCAAUUACAACCUUGCAAAGUGCGUUAGUCAGUAUACAACUAUCUACGACGUGAAGAUAUUGUGCACCACCUUAAAGAAGCAUCCUGUCCACCUAAAUUGUAGCAAAGCAAAUACUGAGAAGAAUAUUUAUUCUUUGGAAGAGCCUAUGAUUGGAAAGUAUUUGAUUGACAUGAGUACUGCAGGCUUUAUUUUCCUUGUGUUGAUUUUCUUUUGGGAGACUACUUCAUGGAGACUAAGAACAUUCCUCAAUCAAUACAUUUACUUUGGUAUCUACAAGCGAUACAGGAAAGAGAUAGUGUCCAAGGAAUUAUCUGGGCAAUCUGAAGAUGAAGAUGUACAAAACGAAAGAAAGAGAAUCCUGGAGCAGCCUCAGGAGUUGCUGGAUUCUAUAGUACUUAUUAAAGAACUCAUAAAGAUAUAUUUUAAGUGCCCAGCCAUUCUGGCUGUAAAAAAUAUCUCCCUUGCAAUCCAAAAGGGGGAGUGCUUUGGAUUGCUUGGAUUCAAUGGAGCUGGAAAAACAACUACUUUCCAAAUUUUGACUGGGGAAGCGAGCCCUACCUCUGGAGAUGUGUUGAUUGAUGGCUUUAGCAUCACAAAAGAUAUCCUACAGGUAAGGUCAAGAAUUGGCUACUGUCCUCAAUUUGAUGCCUUGCUGGAAUAUAUGACUGCUCAGGAAAUAAUGAUUAUGUAUGCCAGAAUAUGGGGAGUCUCUGAGCCCCAGAUUAAGCUGUAUGUGAACAAAUGGUUGAAUUCACUGGAACUGGAGUCUCAUGCUGACAGGCUUAUCAGCACCUACAGUGAAGGAAACAAACGUAGGCUGAGUACUGCUAUUGCCCUAAUGGGAAGGUCUUCAGUCAUCUUCCUGGAUGAGCCAUCAACUGGCAUGGACCCAGUAGCCCGACGCCUGCUCUGGAACAUAGUGACAAAGACACGCGAAAGUGGAAAAGCCAUCGUUAUAACCUCCCACAGUAUGGAGGAAUGUGAUGCACUCUGUACCAGUCUAGCCAUCAUGGUGCAAGGGAAGUUCAUGUGCUUGGGCAGCCCUCAGCAUCUCAAGAACAAGUUUGGCAACAUUUACAUCCUCAAGGUCAAGGUCAAGACUAAAGAUAAAUUAGAGGAUUUUAAACGUUUUGUUACAACAACAUUUCCAGGUAGUGUCUUAAAACAUGAGAAUCAAGGGAUCCUUAACUACUACAUUCCUAGCAAGGACAAUCGCUGGGGAAAGGUGUUUGGCAUUUUGGAGCAAGCUAAAGAGCAAUUUGAUUUAGAAGACUAUUCCGUCAGUCAGAUCACACUGGAACAAGUUUUCCUGACCUUUGCUAACCCAGAGAAAGUAUCCAGUGAUGAUGAAAACGAGCUUCUGAACCUCAAAAGCUAUCAAUUAAGAGAGAGUUUAGGAUUGCUAAAGCAGCUAGAAUUUGAAGAGCAGGGUGCUGGUAAAGAGGAAUUUGAAGAGCAGGGUGCUGGUAAAGAGGAGGCGAGGGCCCAGAAAUUUGAAUGGGGUUUGCUAUCCAGUAAGGACUUCACCCAGCAAGAGGCAACUACGCUGGGCUUCGAUGCCCAGUACCUCUGCAGAAAGGCGGAAUGGCAGGAGUCUCCUAAAGUCCCCAAUGUCCGAGGACGCGGAAACCCACGCCCCCAGUGCAGGUGUCACUCCGAGGGGCGCCUGCGCAGUCCCAAGAGAGGCGCGUCCCAUUGGACAAUCCCGAGCGGAAGAGCCCAAGGUAGCCGGGGGAGUUGUGACGGGCCGCUGAAGACGUACUUAGAAAAGGGGUGCAUACUGGAUAUUCAGGCCAGGAGAAGAACGCAAAAAGUAGUGACGUACAUUAUCUUCUGCAUAUUUACUUGGGAAAUUGUGUUUCUCCCUAUUCUGAGUCUUGGAGGAAUUGGACUCGUCCAACCUUCUGCAGGGAGCAGUAGAGCGCGGCAGUAUAGAGAGUAG